CUCUCUGGUGCUACAGUCUAUUGAGUGCUAUAGAGUUGGAGUCAGUUAUAUUGGAUGCGUUAUAUGGUUUGAUCUGAAAGAAAAUAUACCAAUCGGAUGCAAGAAACCACUAACUACAGUUGUUACUAAACCGGAUUAAAGCUGCUGUGUAGUCAAUGAUUUGUAGCAACAGCUAUCAAAUCAUACUCUUUCCUCUGAUUCCUCAAUCUUAUAAAAUUUGUCUUCCCAGGAAAUAUCUGUAAUUUCAAAUUAAAACUUAAAGCAAUGUCAAACAAUAUGGACAAGGAAAUAAAAAUCGGUACACACAAUGGCACAUUUCAUUGUGAUGAGGUGUUUGCUUGUGUGCUUUUAAAGUUGUUACCACAAUAUAAGGAUGCUAUUAUAGUGAGAUCCCGAGAUAAGAAUAUCUUAGACAAGUGUGAUAUUGUAGUAGAUGUUGGUGGAGUAUAUGAUCACUACAUCCGUAGAUACGAUCAUCAUAUGAGAGAUUUUUGUGAAACAGCAAAAAGUGUCUUAAAGAAAUCAAAUUACAAUAAUAAAGUCAAGUUGAGCAGUGCUGGCUUGGUUUACUGUCAUUUUGGCCAUGAAAUAUUGAGGAACCUAUGUCCAGAUAUACAGGAAGACAAAACUAUUGAGAAAUUCUUCAAGAGGAUUUAUGAUACUUUGAUUGUGGAAGUUGACGCUAUAGACAAUGGUCAAAAUGAAAGUGAUUGUCAACCAUUGUAUCGCAUAAAUACUGACUUGAGUUCACGAGUAAAAAAUCUGAAUCCCUUUUGGAACAGUAAUAUGGAUGAAGAGGAACAAUUUAAGAAAGCUAUGACUUUGGUACAUAGCGUGUUCAUGGACUCUGUAAGCUAUACAGAGAAAGUUUGGUUACCAGCGGAACAAAUUGUAUACAAUGCUGUGAACAGACGAUUUGAGGUCGAUUCAAGCGGCGAGAUAAUAGAAUUGUCGCAACGGGUACCAUGGCAGAGUUACCUAUUUCAUAUGGAAAGAGAAAUGAAUAUCUCGCCGCCAAUAAAAUACAUCAUUUUCUUUUCGAGUGACAAUGACCAUCGGAUCCAAUGUGUACCGAUAAGUGCAGGUCAGUUCAAGUGCAGGUUACCUUUUCCAAAAAAAUGGUGCGGCUUGCGUAAUGACGCGCUCGUGAAAGCCUGCCAAAUCGAAGGAGCUGAUUUCGUCCAUGUCAAUGGAUUUAUCGGCGGACAUGCGACUAGAGAUGGAGCCGUAGCUAUGGCGCAGAAAUCCCUCAAAAUAAGCAAAACUAAGUCUGCAUAAUUUAACCUAAAUUGACGAUACACAAUAGGAGACAAUCUCCAUGUGUUUCGUGGAUUUUAUGUCUUACACUCUGGAUCAUGGAUUACGAAAUUUGAAUUCUUUUUUAUAUUUAUGUAUAAAGAGCACAAUAUUGUGGAUAUAACAGAACAUGGAAGAACAAAUGAUACACAGUCGUCCAGAUUCUUGAAAUAUACGUUUAUUAGUAAAA